UUAAGUACCUAACAAUAGAUAGAGCGGGCCAAGUAAAGCACCGGCGUACGAGCGGCACCUUCUGCGGGCUUUCAGGUACCACUUCGCGAAUAUCUUGAGUCGCGUGCUUUAACUGUUUUAGAGUGUCCAAGGAUACCCGAUACGUGGUGGCUGCGGAUUAUAUUUUUCCACUUUCAAAGAUGGAUAAAGUAAUCAAAGACGGUACGCUACACCUGCAGACCACCGAAUCAACCUGUGAUGUAAUUUUAAGUUGCCAAGGUAGCCGCUUGAUGGCGCACAAGCUGAUAUUGUCGAUUGCUAGUCCAACGCUCAGGGAUAUUUUAAGAAGAGACUGCGCUGAGGCGACCGUAAUAAUUCUACCAGACAUCAAAGGGAGUACCAUGUCUUCCAUCUUGGAUUACAUAUACACCGGAAAUACGGUAGUCUACUCCAAUACGAUAGAGGACUUCCUUUCGGUGGCAAAGUUUUUAAAGAUCCAGCUGGAUACUACGUAUCUCCAGAACGUAUUUCCCGAUAAAGCGAACUUUUGUGGGGUAGACGUGAAGAAAAUCGAAGACACUAAUACCAGUUCAAAAUGUAAGACUUUAAAGAAAGUGCCGGAGUUGCUUCCGAUCGGCAGGCACGCUUCUCAAAGUAGAAAACCGUGUAAUUUGGUAAUACCCAGUCCGUGGUGUCCAAGGAUUGAUCGGCCUUGUAUGGACGAUCCAAGGAAAGUAUACUUGGCAUUUUCGGAGGACACUAUUCAGUCGCAACCCAAACAGAAGCUAGAAGAUUCCAACAAUAACUUUCCUGUAACUCCAAACCAGCAAUGUACCCAACAACCAAAAUACCUGCCGAAAAAGUUGAACAACGUGGUUCGGCAUUUGCGUUUCAACGUCGAAUGCCUAAAAGACAAACCGGGCGAAAACGCUCGGGACAUUUUGCACGCACCAAAAACACCAUCCCAGAACAAUCUAUUUAAAAAUGUUCGGGAAACUGCCGACGAUACCGAAAGCAACGUUCCGGAAGGAACCGCAACCCCAGACGUGGGUUUAAAUUUAAGUUUUCUAACAAACGCCAAUUCUAUCUCCAACAGUUUCGAUUUUAAGUGUGAAACGAUGAAAUCAAAAUCGAGCGACGAAUUACCGGUCGAUUCUUCAUCGAACGAUAAUUUGACCGACAGUUCCGGCAGUGUUACAAACGGAUGCGGGAAAAGCAGCGAGAAACAAAGGAAAACGGAAAACGGUACAGAAAAGAGGAGGGUCUUUAAUUGCGAUGACUGCGGAAAGACCUUUAGUCAGUUGAGGAAUUAUAAGUAUCACAGAUCAGUACAUGACGGUACGAAGGAAUUUUCUGCAAAGUGUACCGAAUGUGGAAAAGUGUUCAACGACAAAGGGUACCUGAGCAGUCACAUGAAGAUUCAUCGAGACAAAAAAGAAUACGCGUGUCCACACUGCCCUAAAAGAUUCAACCAAAGAGUAGCUUACAAUAUGCACCUCAGAAUACAUACCGGUGUUAAACCCCAUGAAUGUCCCACGUGCGGCAAAACAUUCUCCAGAAAAAUGCUGCUGAAGCAACACCAACGCGUGCAUACCGGAGAACGGCCUUAUUCUUGUCCAGAAUGCGGAAAAACUUUCGCAGACCGAUCCAAUAUGAGUUUGCACGCCAGAUUGCACACAGGCAUCAAACCUUACGCGUGCAAUCUGUGUCCGAAAAGUUUCACCAAGAAACAUCACCUCAAGACGCAUCUGAAUUUCCACACAGGACUUAAACCCUACUCCUGCGAAAACUGCGGCCUGGCAUUUUCCCAGAGUAGUAACAUGAGAACCCACUACAAAAAGUGCAUUUUAAAGGCAGGCGAUACCAGUUCAAUAGACAAUAACUCCUCCUGAUAUUAACUUACUUUUUGUAAAAUCCUGUGAUAUGAUUUAUUUAGAUCGCUUCAAACUGUGUUCUAGACAUUGCAUCUAUGUAAUAUACAUUCGUACAAUAUUUAUAGACAUAUAAAUAGUUCCGUCUCAUUUGUUUUUAUUUUAU